AUGAAUGCUCAUACUUUGAUCAACGGCUAUAAGAAAGAAGGACUUUUUGAUCUGAAACGGAAACAAUUGCUAGAUAGUUUUGUUUCAUCGGACGACUCGAAGCUGAAUGAGUUGCUUCAAAAACUGAUCGAUUUGAAGGUGAACAAAGAUCCCAGCAUUUUGACACAGAACAAAGGACGGGUGGUUGCAUUGAUCCAGACAGAGCUGCUCAACCGCCUGUCAGAAACCCAUAGCGAAAAGACAGAGGAAACAAAGGUUCUAGACGAGAUCAACGAUCUGUUGAAGGGAUACGUGACCAAAUCUGUUAAUGAGAGCUCUGAGUUGGAUGCCGAGCUGACCUCGAAAUUGGAGGAAAUGAAGGCCGCCCAGCCGGAUACUUGA